UCUGUACCACUGUUAGUAACUGAAAUUCAUUUUUCUUGUGCUUUUAUUACAGAAGAAGGUUAUUGAGGUUUUAGUGAGAGAAUUUUAUAUUUCCAAGAUACAUUAUUAUGGGCAGAAGUCAUUCACGAUCACCUUCAAGAAGAGAGCGUCGGCGAAGCAGGUCUAGAUCCUGGGACAGAGAGGCAGAUAGAGAACGUGAUAGGGAAAGAGGCAGAGAUCGGGAUAGAACUAGAGACAGAAGACUUAAAGAGAGAGAGAGAUAUCGUAGCAGAUCACCGUACAGACGACACAGUAGAUCACCCAGACGAAGAUCGAGGUCUUUAUCAAGAUCGCCACGGAGGAGAUCUCCCCAGUCCUCAGGAACAAAGGCACAUGAACAAGGAGCUGUUCCACACUUUCUUCUAGAGCGACCUGCCGUAACAGAAAAGGAUCUUGAAGGAAAAACUGAAGAUGAAAAAGAAAUGAUGAAAAUGAUGGGAUUUGCAAAUUUUGAUAGCACAAAAGGUAAACAUGUCCUGGGAAAUAACGUCUACUCUGUCCAUUUAAUCCAGAAGAGAAAAUACAGGCAAUACAUGAACAGAAAGGGUGGUUUCAACAGACCUUUGGAUUUUGUGGCAUAGUGACUAAUUAGAUCACUAGUAUACCAUCAUUUGUACAGUUUUUUUCUUCUUCUUCUCAAGCUUUGUUAAAUGAUUUAAGUUUACAUAUAAAAUUGUAAUUUCUAAUCAUUUUAAUAGAAUCUGAAAUUCUUUGUGAUUUUUGUGUGUAUAUUUAUAUAUGGGUAAUACAUUAACAGAUUAUAAACCUCAA